GUAGGUCUCCAGUUGGGGUAGGGAGGCUCAGCCAGUGUAGGAAGGGUAGAAGAACCAACAGCCUGCUCUCACCCGGCUCCAUGUAGACCAGCUUUUAGGGGAACUAAGGAACUAAUACUCAAUCCCAAUUUAUUGUUUCCUUUUCUUCCAUUUCAUAUGUAGGAAAACUUACAAGAGAAGCUUAAGAGCCUGAGGAAGCAGCUGAGGAAGAGACAGAAGAGAUGGGGAGUGGAAUCAGUGCUGAGGACAAAGAACUGGCCAAGAGGUCCAAGGAGCUAGAAAAGAAGCUGCAGGAGGAUGCUGACAAAGAAGCCAAGACGGUCAAGCUGCUGCUGCUGGGUGCUGGGGAGUCAGGAAAGAGCACCAUCGUCAAACAGAUGAAGAUCAUUCACCAGGACGGCUAUUCUCCAGAAGAAUGCCUGGAGUUCAAGUCUAUCAUCUACGGGAAUGUGCUGCAGUCCAUCCUGGCUAUCAUCCGGGCCAUGUCCACCCUGGGAAUUGACUAUGCUGAACCAAGCUGUGCGGAUGAUGGGCGACAGCUCAACAACCUAGCUGACUCCCUUGAGGAGGGAACCAUGCCUCCUGAGCUGGUGGAAGUCAUCAGGAAGUUGUGGAAGGAUGGCGGGGUGCAAGCCUGCUUCGAGAGAGCAGCAGAGUACCAGCUCAAUGACUCGGCAUCUUACUACCUAAACCAGCUGGAACGAAUUACAGACCCUGACUACCUCCCUAAUGAGCAAGAUGUGCUACGGUCCAGAGUCAAAACCACAGGCAUCAUCGAGACCAAGUUUUCCGUCAAAGACUUGAAUUUCAGGAUGUUUGAUGUGGGAGGGCAAAGAUCAGAGAGAAAGAAGUGGAUCCACUGCUUUGAAGGAGUCACCUGCAUCAUUUUCUGCGCAGCUCUCAGUGCCUAUGAUAUGGUGCUGGUGGAAGAUGACGAAGUGAAUCGUAUGCAUGAGUCUUUGCAUCUGUUCAACAGCAUAUGUAACCACAAGUUCUUUGCGGCUACUUCCAUUGUCCUCUUUCUCAACAAGAAGGACCUCUUUGAGGAAAAAAUCAAGAAAGUCCAUCUCAGCAUUUGUUUUCCAGAGUAUGAUGGGAACAACUCCUAUGAGGAUGCGGGGAAUUACAUCAAAAGCCAGUUCCUUGACCUGAAUAUGCGAAAAGAUGUCAAAGAAAUCUACAGUCACAUGACCUGUGCUACAGACACACAGAAUGUCAAAUUUGUGUUUGAUGCAGUUACAGAUAUUAUUAUCAAAGAAAACCUCAAGGACUGCGGGCUCUUCUAAUCCUCACCAUUCCUCAGGUAUACCUUCUGUUAAUAUAAACAGGAUUGGAAUCUGGAUAAUUUCAAGCAGAAAAUUAUAGUCAAUAUACCAUGA